AUGCAUGCAACUCGCGUGAGUGCUUGCGCUUGGAGGCUUCUGCGAUCGCCGUUUGUCACGUCACGCGUGGUGACCUCGCCGCGACUCGCGUUGUCGUGCCGGUGGAAAUCGUAUGUGCUGAAAUUCCUUCGGGGUCAACUUCCCGAGGACCUCAAAGACCUCAACGGAGCCCUUGGCUGCCUGUAUGGAACGCUGCCGGACGUGGACGAGUUCAGUCAAUUUGUGAUACCGCCUGAAAUUGUGGAUCGUUUUCAUCAGCUUGGCUACAUCAAACUGCCUCGUCCCGUACUCGACGCGCAGCAGGUGGAUAAGCUGGCCGACGAGGUGAAUGAGCUGGCCAAUAACGUGGAACAUCAUCCAAAGACGGAGAAAUUGUAUGCCACCUCGUUGGCCGACUUAACAGGGGGGCCACUCUUCUAUUGCCAGGGGCAGUGGCGGGCCGCGUGGGGCAUGCAUGACCUCAUCUACCUUCCAACCAUCACUGUAGCUGCUUCGCAGAUUCUUGGCAACUCGCUCGUUCGAUUGUGGUACGAUGAGGUGUUCAUGAAGGAGGCCCGCAAGGGGCCGUGUGUUCCCUGGCAGCAAAACUACGCCCGUUGGCAGCAUACAACGCCUGUAAAUCAUGUGACAGUCAUGAUUGCCCUUGACACAAUGAACAAGGAUCGUGGAGCACCUUGUCUGGUUCCUGGUAGCCACCGAUGGAGAGAGGGCGGGUUGCUGCCUUCAGUUCCGUAUGACCCUACCAAGGACGAGGCACAGCAGUUGAAUACCAUCUGGGAAAUUAUCAACGAGGAAGAGAGUGAAAUGCUUAUGGAUACCCCUCCCGUCACUGUGGACAUGAAGCGCGGUGAGGCGCUCCUCAUUCAUCCACUAACAGUUUUUGCAACCCAUGGAAAUCGCUCCCUCGACGCCGCGCGUUGCUGUUUAAUACAUUACAUGGGAGAAAGGACGUUCGCAACCCAGAAUGGAGCCUUGUUACCGCACACUACAAAAUUUCAGGCAGGGGCUAUGAUACAAGGACCAUUCUAUCCAGUCGUCUUUGAUCCUGCGAUGACAGAGGAGCUAGCAAUGUUGCCUGGAGAGCUUACAGCGCACAAAGGUGCCAGCGAAGAGGUGUAG